AGUAUUUCUAAAUAAAAGAUCCGAGUAUAAAAGAAGGUUUUGGGCAUUAAUAAUCUAGUAGAUAUCUAAAGAAUGAAAGAACUCUACUCAAAUACAGUGUUUGAAGGUAUUAUUGAUGGAUUUAAAUGUGAGAAACGCAUAAAGGAUGCUACCAAGAGGUUUUCUCGUUGCAAAUAAAUGUGGUAGUGUAGUAAAGAUUGCUAAGUUGGUGAUUGGCAAAAACAUAAAGUGAAUUGUAAGACAACUACUACAAUAAGGUAAGAGGACUCAAAAUAAGUUGAUAAAUAAUUAGAUCAAAUUGAUUGA